AUGAUACGGGCUGUUCCCAGAGGACAAACUGCGUGUGUGGAUGCAUAUUUGAGCCCAAUCAUUAAGGAAUAUGUCAAAAAGUUUUGUGCAGGAUUUUCUGAUUAUGACAAGCUGUUGAAACGUGUCACAUUUAUGCAAUCCAAUGGAGGGCUAACUCCAGCUGCUAAUUUCAAAGGUUGUAACUCCAUUUUGAGUGGCCCUGCAGGUGGUGUAGUAGGUUAUGCUCAAACGUCCUACAAUGCUGAAGAUGGUAUUCCAGUAUUGGCAUUGAUAUUGGAGACAGAGACAGCAGGUGUUACUAUUCAAGCACCUCAAUUAGAUAUUACAACAGUGGCUGCUGGUGGAGGUAGUAGAUUGUUUUUCACAAAAAGUGGAGUGUUUCAAGUGGGUCCAGAAUCUGUGGGUGCAAAUCCAGGACCUGUAUGCUAUCGAAAGCAAACACUACUUCCUCAAAAACGUCUCGCCAUUACCGAUGCUAAUUUAUUCUUGGGAAGAUUAAUGCCUGAGUUUUUCCCUAAAAUUUUUGGUCCUCAAGAGAAUGAACCUCUCGAUUAUGAAGUCACUAAGAGAGCUUUUGAAGAACUGACCAAUGAAGUGAAUGAAUUUGAGCUCAAAAGAAAUGGAGAUAAGGCUCAAUUAAAAAGUCCUGAAGAAGUGGCCUAUGGAUUCAUUCAAGUUGCCAAUGAGUCCAUGUCUCGUCCCAUUCGAUCCAUUACAGUUGCGAAAGGUUACGAUACACGCGAGCAUAUUCUUUGCUCGUUUGGUGGUGCAGGUGCUCAACAUUGUCAAGCCAUUGCUCGUAAUUUGGGAAUGAAAAAGGUAUUUAUUCCAAGACAGUCUGGUAUUUUGAGUGCUUAUGGCCUUGGACUUGCAGAUGUUGUUUUUGAUGAACAAGAGCCAUGUGCAAAAGCAUAUGAAACAGAAAACUUUUCCUAUUUUACAAAACGUUUGGAAGAUCUCAGAAUCAAAGUUGUUGAUGAUUUGAAACGUUCUGGUUUUGAUGAUUCUAACAUCAAGACUACCUACUAUCUCAAUAUGAAAUAUAAAGGUACGGACUACUCCAUCAUGACAACCGUUCCAGAAAAGUUAAAAAAGGAACAUGAUGGAUUAGAUGGGGAUUAUCUAGCAGAGUUUGAAAAGGCCUACAAGAGAGAAUAUGGAUUUAUUAUUGCUGGUCGAUCUGUCAUUGUCGAUGAUAUUCGAGUGGUUGGAAUUGGAUCAACACCUUCCAUCAGCAAAAUUGAAAUUCCACAAUCCACACAAAAACCUCAACCCAUGACAUUUACAAAAACGUAUUUUGAAGAAGGAUGGACUGAAACAGCCGUAUAUAACUUGGAAAAUUUGGGUGCAGGAGAUGAAAUUCAAGGACCUGCCAUCAUUAUUCAUGAAACAACGACCAUUCUAGUGGAACCUAACGGAACAGCCUCCAUUACCAAAUAUGGAGAUGUUGAAAUAACUCUCUCUGAGAACUCCAUUUCUACAAACAUUAAGGAACGAUUGGAUUUUUCAUGCGCCUUAUUUUCUCCUGGUGGUGACUUAAUUGCCAAUGCUCCUCACUUGCCUGUUCAUCUUGGAUCCAUGAGCGAGGCUGUAAAAUUCCAAAUCAAACAUCUUGGCGACUCGUGGAAAGAAGGAGAAGUAAUCAUUGCCAAUCAUCCAUGUGCUGGUGGUACACAUUUGCCUGAUAUUACAGUCAUUACACCAGUGUAUUCGAAUGGAAGAGUUGUUUUCUAUGUUGCAAAUAGAGGUCAUCAUGCUGAUAUUGGAAGUAUUAGUCCAGGUUCCAUGCCACCCUUCAGUAGACUUCUCUCAGAGGAAGGAAUGGCCAUUAUUUCUCUUAAGAUUGUUGAAGACGGCGUCUUCCAAGAAGAACGAAUUACACAGCAAUUACAAAAAUCUGGAGCCAGAUGUAUUAAAGAUAACAUUGCCGAUCUCAAAGCUCAAAUCGCUGCCAAUACGAAAGGUAUUUCUCUACUCCAAGAUUUAAUUAAUGAAUAUUCAUUGGAAGUCGUACAGAGCUACAUGCAACAUGUUCAAGAUAAUGCUGAACUCGCUGUUCGAGAAAUGCUUCAACAAGUAUUUGAUGAUCAUGCACAAAAUUCCAAUGAGGAAUCUAUUCGUGUAUUAUCCGAAGAUUUUAUGGAUGAUGGCUCUGUCAUCAAGUUGAAUUUAACAAUUCGUAACCAACGACAUGAACAAUUCAAAAGUGACUUGUUGAGAAAGCUUCCUGUGGCAGAAUUUGAUUUUACUGGAACUUCAGAAAUGGUGUUGGGUAAUAUCAAUGCACCAAAAGCAAUUACCACAAGUGCCAUUCUCUAUAGCUUGAGAUGUCUCGUCAGACAAGAUAUUCCUCUCAAUCAGGGAUGUCUUGAACCUAUUACCAUCAAAAUUGAAAAACAUUCAUUACUGGAUAUUGGUGAAGAUGGAAUUGUUGGAGUCGUGGCUGGUAAUGUUUUAACCUCUCAGAGAAUUACAGAUAUUAUUCUUAAAGCUUUUUCUGCUGCUGCUUGCAGUCAAGGUUGUAUGAAUAAUUUCACAUUUGGAAAUCAAACGUUUGGAUACUAUGAAACAAUUGCUGGAGGAGCAGGUGCUGGACCAUACUGGAACGGUUGUUCCGGUGUUCACACGCACAUGACAAAUACUCGUAUUACUGAUGUUGAGAUUUUAGAGCGAAGAUAUCCUCUCGUUGUGAAACAGUUCAGCUUGCGACCAAAUACGGGAGGACAUGGAAAAUUUAGAGGAGGGGAUGGUGUGAAUCGAGAAUUUGAGUUUUUGGAACCUCUUCGUGUGGGAAUUCUAUCUGAAAGAAGAGUCUUUUCUCCAAGUGGUUUGUUGGGAGGUGAAAAUGGUGCAAAAGGAAAGAACAUUCUCGUUACAAAAUCUGGUCUCGUCCACAAUUUAGGAGGAAAGAACAGUUUUGACGUUCAGCCUCAUGAUCAUGUGUUAAUUCAAACACCUGGAGGUGGAGGUUUUGGAAAACAACAUUAA